AUGGCAGUGAUAGGCACUUCUAAAAGAUCACAGGGUGGGGAGGCUGCAGCAUCAGCAGACAAGGAGAAUGGAGGAGGGGAAGAGGUGGAUCCCUCCUCUGCUGCUGCUGCUGCUGCUGCUGCUGCUGCAACAUCUCUGGAUCUCGAUGAACUUGUUGGGGGAGAUGAGGACAUCGCCUUUGAACAAGAGCUCAGGAGAGACCCUUAUCAAGUUAAGGUGUGGCUUGCCUAUUUAAAGAGCAGAGCAAAGGCUAAGCCAGCUAUUCGGUUUGUUAUAUAUGAACGAGCAGUUAGAGCUCUUCCAGGGAGCUACAAGCUUUGGCGUUUAUAUCUUUUGGAGAGAGUUGCAUUAAGCAAGAAUAUAACAAAAGGAGACAGUUUUUAUGCACAAACAAACUCAGCAUUUGAGCGAUCUCUUGUGCAUCUCUCUCGCAUGCCAGAGAUAUGGAGAAUGUAUUUAGCUUUUCUGCAGCAGCAGCAGCAAAUAACUAAAACUCGUCGUACAUUUGAUGCUGCUUUAAGGGCUCUUGCUGUCACUCAACAUGAACUACUAUGGCCAGAUAUGAUGGAAUAUGUUAAGAAGUGCGGGGUAGCAGAGACAGCAAUUUGUUUAUAUCGGCGCUGGAUAAUGAUUGAGCCUGAUCGCGGUGAUGAAUUUGGGUUAUAUUUAAAGAGCAUUGGGAGAUAUGAUGAAGCAGCUAGCCAGCUAGCUAGAGUAGCUAGCGAUGCAUCUGUAUUUCCUUUAUCAGGGCGUACAAAGCAUGAGAUUUGGCUAGAGUUAUGUAGACUUGUUGCUGCACACCCUGAUGAUAUUCAUUCAUUAAGAGUUGAAGAUAUAUUAAGAAGCGGUAUUGCUCGUUUUUCUGAUGCUGUUGCUUCUCUUUGGUGCUCACUUGCAUGCCAUUAUGCUAAGAUCGGCCUCAUCGCUAAAGCAAGAGAUAUAUAUGAAGAAGCUGUUUCUUCUGUAACAACUAUUCGCGACCUUACUCUUGUUUAUGAAUCUUAUGCAGCAUUUGAAGAAUCUAUAGUCACUCAGUUGCUGCAGCAGCAGCAGCAGCAGCAGCAGGAUGGGGAGCUGCGGGGCCCUGCUGCUGCUGCUGCAGCAGCAGCAGCAGCAAAAGAAUUUGAUUUUGCUAUUGCACGGUUAGAAAGGUUAACAGAGCGAAGACCCCUUCUUAUCUCUUCUUGCAAACUUAGACAAAACCCUCACAAUGUUCAUGAGUGGCUGGCUAGGGCAGAACUUGUUCAAGACGACACCAAAAAGGUGGUGGAGACGUUUACUGAGGCUGUAGCUACAGUGGAGGCAGACAAAGCUGUUGGACGCGUUGGUAUAUUAUGGAUUGCAUUUGCGCGUUUCUAUGAAGCACACGGAGAUAUAGAAAGUGCAGCAAAAGUAUUUGAACGGGGUGUACAGGCAGCUAUGCGUACAGUUGAUGAUUUAGCGUCUGUUUGGUGUGAAGCAAUUGAAAUGCAUUUAAGACAUAACUUAUUUAAACAAGCUCUUCAGCUAGCCAGAAGGUGCAUUAGCAGCAGCAAAAGUGCAGCAGCAAAUGAUAAGAAGACCCCGCAAAGCCGACUGUAUCGAUCAGUCAAACUAUGGGCCCUUGUUGCUGAUGUUGAAGAGAUGUUCGGGUCAAUAGACACUGUGCGCGCAUGUUAUGAUAAGAUGUUUCAAUUAAAAGUAAUAACUCCUCAGCUCGUCAUCAACUACGCACAUUACUUGGAGGAGCGCCGAUAUUAUGAAGAAUCUUUUCGAGUGUAUGAACGAGGGAUUGCUGCAUUUCAUUGGCCUCAUUUAAAUUCUUUAUGGUUGAUGUAUUUGACAAAGUUUGUUAGUCGAUAUAGAAGCAGUAAAUUAGAGAGAGCUCGAGAGUUAUUUCAACAAGCUACUGCAAAUAUCCCUAAGAAAUACGCAAAAAACAUCUUUCUUCUUUAUGCUAAGUUAGAAGAAAACUAUGGUUUAGCUAAACAUGCAUUAGCUAUUUACAGUGCAGCAACUAAAGCUGUACUGCCCGAAGAAAAGUUUGAUAUGUUUCUCGUCUAUAUUGCGAGGACUAGCGAGCUUUUCGGUGUUGCGCGAACCCGCAAGAUAUUCGAGGAGGCGAUUGAAACCCUACCUCCAGAGGACGUUCGUAAGGUGUGCAUGCGCUACGCAUAUGUAGAGAAGAGUUUAGGAGAAGUAGAUCGCUCUCGCGCUAUUUAUGCACAUGCCGCUCAUCUCGCGAAUCCAACAAAAGAUAAAGACUUUUGGGAUGCAUGGAGAGACUUGGAAGUCUCUUACGGCAAUGAAGACACAUUUAAAGAUAUGCUGCGCAUCAAACGCAGCGUAAUUGCGCAGUACAGCCAAGUACAUCAUAAUGUAGCAGAGUUAGCAGCAAUAGAAGAAGGUAAAUCUAUAUCCGUGGACCCGAUUAAAGAAGCAGCAGCACAAUUAGCAAAAGAAGAUGCGGAGAGACAGCAAGCCCUACAGAGAGAGGAGGCCCUGCAGCAGCAGCUCAGACUGCAGCAGCAGCAGCAAACAGAAAGGCAAGAAAGAGAAGAAGCAGAAGCAGAGUUUGAAGCAAUUAAACGCAGCAGAAGACAAGCAGCUACAGUAGCAGCAUUGCAGCAAGACGCCCCCCUCUUCAUUCCACAGCAAACGUUUGCUGGUGUUCGCGUUGGAUAUGCAUUUAAAAAGGGUAAAGAUGGGUUAGGGUACUAUUUAGAUGUAGCACAAGUUGGCCAAGAAUUUAUUGAAGCUCGUCAAGAAGCACUGCUAGCAGCUAACAAACGCAGCAGCAGCAGCAGCAGCAGCAGCAGCAGUAGAGGGGCUGCAGCACCGCAGCAGCAACGGCAGCAAGAAGAGAUGGAUAUUGAUGUUGAUGAUAUUCAAGUAGAAGAAAGAGGGGUUCCUGACUCUGUCUUCGGCUCUUUAAAGAAAAAAUAA